AUGUUGGAUAAUUGUGGAAUGAUUGAUUUUCCUUUUAAAUGUAAUUCUUUGUCUUGGGUUGGAUACAGGAAAAACGGAAAAGUUCAAUGCAGGUUAGACAGAGCUAUUGGCAAUGGUGAAUGGCAUCAUCUUUUUUCCCACACAAAUGUGGAGUAUCUUAAGUUGUGGGGUUCAGAUCAUCGGCCUAUCUUGGCCAGAAUCCUCUCGAAGACAACUAGAGUUCAAAGAGGAUUUAAGUUUGAUAAAAGAUGGCUUGAUAAAGACGGGUUAAAGGAAACAAUUGUGGAUAGUUGGGAUACAUCAUCAACCAUAGAGCUCGGUAAAGUCUCUGACAAGAUCAUUUCAUGCCGUAGUGCGUUAUCAAGAUGGAAACGAACCAUACAAUCAAACUCGAUAAAGAAAAUAGAAGCCAUUAAAGCCCAGCUAGAACAAGCUCAAGUCGAUGAUAAUGUCACAAGUGAAGAAGUUUUGAACCUGAAAUGGAACUUAUGUUCAGCUUUCCGAGAAGAGGAAUAG